UGUUAACGACAGAUCGAACGCAUAUCCCAGUCCGUCAAUGUGUAAUUAAUUCGAUGAUUUUACGUUCUAUUUAUGUUUGACUCUAUUUUUAUGUUCACCCCUUACUCGUGGGUCAGUUUUUUUCUUUAAUUGUAGUUGUUUUUAUUAUUAUUAUUAUUACUAUUAUUAUAUGGACAUUUCAAGCCACAUUUGAAGGUUACAUUCGAGUUGUAGUCAAAUUUGCACCAAAUGUUUUCUGGACUGAAAUGUCUUGAGAUGAACCCUGCAUGCAAAAUGAGAAGUUGAAGACGACUUGUCUCCCUGCUGCCAAGAGGCGUGUAUGUGGUCAUUUCUGGUGACCUUCAGACUUCCAUAAAGGCAUAAAAUUGAGAAUGUUGAUAUCUGGUUGAACAUACUGCAGUUUGGCUCACAUGUUUCCAGAGACAACGUGACAUGUGUAUAAGAAGUUAAAGAAUGCAAAAUAAUGGCAAGCAGCGAACAUUCAGCAGCUAAUGACUCCUGAAAUAAGCCCGAGCUCUUAAAAUGAGCAUGGAUGGCUGGCAUACUUCCCACUUGAAGCUAGUCCUCCUCGGAGGUAGGAACUCGGGAAAGAGCUCCCUGGGGAACCUCCUCCUGGGAAAAGAUGAGUUCGUUACCAAGGAGAGGACGUCGUGCUUGCGGCGGGUGGUCCAGGUGGCCGGGCGCUGGCUGACGGUGGUGGACACGCCCGGCUGGUGGUGUGACUUCGGCGUGGACGACACCCCCCGCACGGUGCGCCGGGAGAUCCGGCGGAGUGUCGCCAUGUGCUCCCCGGGACCCCACGUUUUCCUGGUGGUCGUCAAAGAUGGCUCGCACUUCACGGAGAAACGCCGCCGGGCCCUGGAGGAGCACAUGGGCCUGCUGGGGCCCCGGGUGUGGCGCCACAGCUUGGUGGUCUUCACCUCGCUAGGUUGGCCCCGGCUCAAUUCGGACCAGGAGGUCCUGGAGUCGGAAGCUCUGGGUUGGCUGAGGAAUCAGUGCGGACAGAGGUGUCACCUCAUUGACUUGAGCGAUGGAAGUCGAGCCUCGGAGCUCAUGGAGAAAAUCCAGAGAUUGGUUGUUGCCAAUGGAAAUGGAGUGUUUGAGAUGGAGGAGAGCGUAUGCAGUGCCAUAGCGGAGGAGAAGAGACGUGUGGAGGAGGACGCCCGCGCCAGGUUUUUGAAAAUGAAAACUCACAGAGCCUUUAUGAGAGAGCUGGCUCGCCCUCUGCCUGACAUGAGGAUCGUGUUGCUGGGAGCUAAAGGUUCUGGAAAGACGUCUUCUCUGAACACCAUCCUGGGCUGGGACCAAGGACGGUGGUCCCCGGGCAGGACGGCUCGCUGCGCAGUUGGACAAGGUGUGGUCUUCGGGAGGCAGUUGACGGUGGUGGACACGCCCGGCUGGUGGAUGAACUUCUUCGGUCACGAGACCGCCGCCUUCGACCGCCAUCAGAUCCGGCUCAGCCCGUCCUUAUGCGCCCCGGGGCCGCACGCAUUCCUGUUGGUGGUGCGCCCGGACCGCGCCUUCUCAGAGACUUACCGGCGGGCGGUGCAGGAUCACCUGGAGCUGCUGGGUGGGGACGUCUGGAGCCGGGUCAUGCUGCUGUUCAGCUUCGGCGACUGGCUGGGCGAGACGGCCGCCGAACGUCACGUGGAGAGCGAGGGCGAGCCGCUGCGGUGGCUGGCCGAGCGCUGUGAGAAUCGAACCCACGUGCUCAACAACCGGACCGCCGGUGAUGGAUUCCAGGUUAGGGAACUGCUGGGGAAGAUCGAGGAGAUGGUGGCGGGCUGCGGCGUCGGACAUUGGCGGGCGGUGGGAGAAGAGGAGGAUCAGCUGGAGAUGACGAUGAGGGUGGAGGAGGCGAGAGCCACGGAGCGGAAGAUGAAGAUGGAGCAGCAGAGGAGGGACACCAGGAGGCACCUUGACAAGUCCCGUCGCCUCCCUGAAGUGACGCUCGUUUUGGUGGGUGGCAGCAAAACAGGCAAGAGCUCGUGCGGCAACACGGUGUUGGGCCGUGACUGCUUCCGCGCCGACCGCCCGACCACCUCCUGCGUCCUCGGAUGGGCCCGCGUGGACGACCAGGUGGUGAGAGUACUGGACACACCGGGUGGCUUUUCUCAAACUGCGGACUUCCUAAAGGGGGCGCCAUCCUGCGCAGCGCUAGUGGUGGUCAACGCCAGCGCCGCCUUCACCGACCUCCAAGGAGAAGCCUUGGAGGCCCAGUUGGGAGGGCUCUGGGCCAGGGCCGUGGUGGUGUUCAGCCACGGCGACUGGCUGGGCGACACGGGAAUCGAACAACGGCUGGAGAGUGAGGGGCCGGCGCUGAGGGGGCUGGUGGACAAGUGCGGGAACAGGUACCACGUGUUGGACAACAAACGGCGAGGAGAUGGCUCGCAGGUGCGACAGCUAAUGGCACAGGUGGAAAGCAUGCUGGUGGCGGAAUCUCUCGUGACUGCAGCAUCAUCUGCCCUGCCUCGCCACACGACUGCCAAAUUGUGCAAGAGUCCAAGUUUGAUGCCCAAUGACCAUCAGCUAUCAAAUCACUUGAAUUGCAGUGAGCCUUCUAACGAGCCUUUCAGUGAGUCCACCAGUGAGUGUCCCUCAGUGGACUUGAGUGAGUCUUCAUCAUCUGACAAACAAGUUGCGCUUCCGUCCGCCGCAUGGAGCAGGGGGAACGCCACUUCCUGUCUGCUGGCCGCGCUUCAGGACAGAUUGCAAUCUUUCAGAGUCAACAUACCAGCAGCAUGCCUCCACAUUGACCAAGCCAGAUUGCCCAUGAUGCUCCUGGUGCUGCCCCCAGCCUGCCAGGGGCCGCUUCGCGCCAGACACGUUCGCCCGCAGCGCUCCAUCUGCAGCCAGAGUGGAGACUGGAGCAGCUUGGAGGAUCUGGAGGCCUUUAUCGACUCGUAUUUUGACACACUGGCGGAGUGGGAGGACUUGACGCCACCUCCGCCUCCGCCCUGGACAGAGGGCGCCGCCCCACGGUCAGGAGAGCUUCUGCUCUCGUCCAUUGAGAGGAAGCUCUCCAAGCUGGACGUGCUGGAGGAGAUCCGGGAGGACCUGGCGGAGGUGCGGAGGAGCCUGGAGCUCAGCUGGAAGGUCAUGCAAGAGAUCAGAUGCAAAAAUAAACACCAGUGACAGACACUCAGCGGACACAACAUUAGGUAGAUGUUAUAUAGCAUAUCGUAUCAGCAAAAUCAUUUUUAAACAGAUUUUUUUGACACCUGUUAUGGCCCAUCGAGAUGAUGAGCAUGAACAUUUGUUUCCACCAGGGGGUGCUGUUGCAUAAGUAGUCCAGUCAUCGGCCGUCCUGCUUACGUGGUACAAUGAACAUGCUGAAAUUUAACAUGAUCAAAUAUGACAAGUUGAUACAAAGACAGCUGGCAUCGUUUUACAAUUAUUACAGCUUUCAUUUGGGAUUGUGGGGAUAUACAUUUUACCCACACACAUUCAGUGGGGAAAAAGAAUUAUGAAAAUAAUGCUGCAUCUUGCAGACAUUAGCGUGUGGUUUUCCAUAAGGACACACACACAAACUAUGCAUUGUUGUCAGACUAAUGUAUGUAUUGUAGAUUGAGGAUUUAUGUCAAAAUCCAUUCUGAAUCUAUUGGGUUAUUUCAACCUCAGGAAACGGUAAAUGCACUUGUGAUCUCCCACUGAACGUAAUAAAUAUAGUUAUUGCA